AUGAGGCGCUGCCACUCGGACACGCAGGUCUUCCUCUGCUCGCUCUUCGCGCGUUGCCUCGACCGGCCCAUCUACCCGUGCCGCUCGCUGUGCGAGGCCGUGCGUGCCGGCUGCGCGCCGCUCAUGGAGGCCUACGGCUUCCCCUGGCCCGAGAUGCUGCACUGCCACAAGUUCCCUCUGGACAACGACCUCUGCAUCGCUGUGCAGUUCGGGCACCUGCCCGCCACCGCACCUCCAGUGACCAAGAUCUGCGCCCAGUGUGAGAUGGAGCACAGCGCUGAUGGCCUCAUGGAGCAGAUGUGCUCCAGCGACUUCGUGGUCAAAAUGCGCAUCAAGGAGAUGAAGAUAGAGAACGGGGACCGGAAGCUGAUUGGAGCCCAGAAAAAGAAGAAGCUGCUCAAGCCGGGCCCCUUGAAGCGCAAGGACACCAAGAGGCUGGUGCUGCACAUGAAGAACAGCGCCGGCUGCCCCUGCCCGCAGCUGGACAGCCUGACCGGCAGCUUCCUGGUCAUGGGCCGCAAAGUGGACGGACAGCUGCUGCUCAUGGCUGUCUACCGCUGGGACAAGAAGAACAAGGAGAUGAAGUUCGCAGUCAAGUUCAUGUUCUCCUACCCCUGCUCCCUCUACUACCCCUUCUUCUACGGGGCAGCAGAGCCCCACUGAAGGGCGCUCCUCCCUGCCCCACCCAGCCAGCUGUGCCUUGCCCUCUGUCCCCGCCCCUGGGGCAUACUCACUCCUCCUGCCCACCUGGCCUUCCCGACUCCCAGGCUGACCCAGGCCCUGCCAGAGAGUGGUUCUUGCAGAGCUGUUACUGGCACAGGCCCUAAGGGAUGGGCAUCUAACCGGGCUGUCCUUGACCGAGGUUCUGGGGUCCUUGGAGGAUUCCUCCCGUAGGAGCAGGGCUUUCUCAUUUGGGGGGAAACCCCAGGGUCUCAGAAAGUAGGCAGAGGAAAGAGAGAGCAAGGGAAGGGUGGAGGGGCUCUGAGCAGCCCGUAUAGACAGCGGUGUCAGCUCCCCUCUCUUGGCGGUGGGGACUUGCCUGGGAAAGUCUUGGAAUUAGGCUGAGCUCCUUGGGGGAAAGUUCUCAGCCUCCACUGCCCCUUCAUGUGUCCUCAUCAUAGACCCCCAAAGGAAAGGCGUUGGGGUCACAGUGCCCUCCAGCCAUACCUCCCCACCUUCCCUGUCUCUGCCUGUUUCCCUUCCCGCUGGCCUGGGGAGAAGCCCUGCCCAACCGCCUCUCAGAGGCUCACCCCUCUGCCUCUGCAUGUCCCUUUUAUCCUGAUGACCAGUAAAUUAUUGCUACUGCUUCAAGGCCAUAGGUACUAGACUAAUGCAGGUAGGGUUUGGUUUUCUAUUUUUUUUUAAGUUUUUAAUUAAAUCAAAGAAAACAAAUA